UGGUGCAGCCAUACAUGGUCAACCACGAGAGGGUGAUGUACCUCAACCCGAGGCUGCAGGCGCCGCAGCACGCCAUCAUGUGCUUCAGCCCCGCCGGCGCAUGCCUGAUGUGCGGCCGGAAACUCGUCGACGAAAUCUUCCGCUUCUGCUCCCUCGGCUGUAAGCUUGAAGGAAUCGUGUCUGAUCCCAACUUGACAUUCAUUCUUGAUCCGGAAUGCAAGUGGGAAUACUCAGACUCAGACUCUACCGAAGAAGAAGAAGACGGCGGCCAUCUGCCAGGCCCUAGCAACUCUCAGCCAAUUGGAGGGACUAGUUACCUCCGCCAGCCAAGGAAGGGCGUCUGUGGCCCACCUCAACAGGCGCCCUUCUACUGAUCUUCGUUGUUUUUGGUCCGACGUCGACAUGAUUUUACAUUUUCAG